UGAUUCAGGAUUAGUGACAAUUUCAGCCCACAUCUGGCCACAUACUGCUCCAUUACCGAACAGAAUGAGAGGAGUGUCACGGUUUCUCAAAGUGACUGUCGGCUUAGGAGGCACAUUCGCUCUGUUCCUACUCCUGUUGGUUCGGUAUUCUGGCUCCUACCUAGGCUUUCCGACGCAAUGGAAAAUCAUGUUUAGGACACCCGAGCUCCAGCAGGUGUCCUCUUCCCCUUCGGCCUUGUCCUCAGCUAAUGCGGGUCCUGACGGAGAGAGUGUUGGUCGAAGGUUUAGUGAAAGGAAAGCGUUUCUGGAGAUGAUGUGCCGCAGGGUGAAUUUGGAGGGAAAGAUCUUCUCAAAGGAGUUCAUGGAUUACAAUAAAAACUACCGGCUUCUUGUGUGCGCUCCUCCUAAGACAGGCUGCACUUCGCUGAAACGACAUCUGUUACGUUUAGCUGGAUUUCCCGAAGAGGUUGAUGUCCAUUCUGACACAGCAAAUGAAGCUAUAUCAGUUGAACAUGUGUUGGGCGAUGCCGUCGACAAGGUACUGGAAUCCCCGACCACGACCCGGGUCAUGGUAGCCAGGCACCCUCUCGAUCGACUCGUCUCCGGAUACCGAGAUAAGUUCAUGGACGGAGCUCCGGUCACCAGCGACAUAUGGGUGCAAUACUUGACGGAGUACUGGAGAAGCCGUGGAUUCGACACAAGCAACUUGACUUUAACUUUCCAUCAAUACCUGGAGAUGAUUGCAUAUAGAAUGAUGACAAGGGGGAAAAACAGCAUUGACCGACACUUUCGCCCAACAACCUUCGUUUGCUCCCCGUGUACCGUCAAAUAUGACUACAUCUUGCACACUGACACUCUCACACAAGACCUUCAGUACAUCGCCGGUAAACUUGGCAUCACAGGUAUCGACCUCGGUCUCCGUUUGAACGCAAAGGCGGACAAGACCCUAGUAUCUUCGUACGAUAAUUACUACAAAGACAUUCCUCUUAGUCUUUUGAGAAUGAUAUACUUACUCUACAGGGAAGACUUUCUCAUUAAUGGCUUUGAACUACCACCGGUCAUGCAAAGUGUACUCCAUGAUGCCAAGAUAGAGAAUCUAUUGAGAUAUUUUGAGGAUGCUAACAAAUAAACUGUAUACAGUAUAUUAGAGUUAAGAUUUUAAAAUAUCAACCUUAAAA